AUGGCAUUCGCCAAUUUUCGUCGCAUCCUGCGCCUGUCUACCUUCGAGAAGAGAAAGUCCCGCGAAUAUGAGCACGUCCGCCGGGACGUGGACCCCAACGAAGUGUGGGAGAUCGUGGGCGAGCUAGGCGACGGCGCCUUCGGAAAGGUUUACAAGGCCAAGAACAAGGAGACGGGUGCCUUGGCGGCCGCCAAGGUAAUAGAGACCAAGAGCGAGGAGGAGCUGGAGGACUACACCGUGGAGAUCGACAUCCUGGCCACCUGCGACCACCCCUACAUUGUGAAGCUCCUGGGAGCCUACUUCUAUGACGGAAAGCUAUGGAUCAUGAUCGAGUUCUGUCCUGGGGGAGCCGUGGACGCCAUCAUGCUGGAGCUGGACAGAGGCCUCACUGAGCCCCAGAUUCAGGUGGUUUGCCGCCAGAUGCUGGAAGCCCUCAACUUUCUGCACGGCAAGAGGAUCAUCCACCGGGAUCUGAAAGCCGGCAACGUACUGAUGACCCUCGAGGGAGACAUCAGGCUGGCUGACUUUGGUGUGUCUGCCAAGAAUCUGAAAACUCUGCAGAAACGAGAUUCCUUCAUAGGAACGCCUUACUGGAUGGCCCCUGAGGUGGUGAUGUGUGAGACCAUGAAGGACACCCCGUAUGACUACAAAGCCGACAUCUGGUCCCUGGGCAUCACUCUGAUUGAGAUGGCCCAGAUUGAGCCCCCACACCAUGAGCUCAACCCCAUGCGGGUCCUGCUCAAGAUUGCCAAGUCGGACCCCCCCACCCUGCUCACGCCUUCUAAGUGGUCUGUGGAGUUCCGAGACUUCCUGAAGGUGGCCCUAGAUAAGAACCCAGAGACCCGGCCCAGUGCUGCGCAGCUCCUGGAGCACCCGUUCGUCAGCAGUGUCACCAGCAACAAGGCUCUGCGGGAGCUGGUGGCUGAGGCCAAGGCCGAAGUGAUGGAGGAGAUCGAAGAUGGCCGAGAGGAGGGGGAAGAGGAGGACACCCCGGAUGCUGCAUCGCCUCUGGGAGACCAUACUCGAGACUCUUCUGAGGUGAGUCAGAUGAGUCUCAAUACUGACAAGCUUCCCAAAGAAUCCUCUUUCACCCCACUGCCACCCAGCCAGCCUCAGGAUGGUGUGAAUGGGCCCAGCCAGCCCUCUGGGGACAGAUGCCUCCGAACUGCCAGCCCCCCGGAUGUAGCUCCCGGAGAUGAGAAUGGCCUGACCGUGCCAGCCCCACUCCGAAAGUCCCGGCCAGUGUCCAUGGAUGCCAGAAUUCAGGUAGCCGAGGAGAAGCAAGGUGCUGACCAGGGUGGGGACCUCAGUCCAGCAGCCAGCAGGUCCCAAAAGGCCAGCCAGAGCCGUCCCAACAGCAGCGCCCUGGAGACCUUGGUUGCUGAGAAGCUGGCCAAUGGCAGCCUGGAGCUCCCUGCCCAGGCAGCUCCGGGCCCUUCCAAGCGGGACUCAGACUGUGGCAGCCUGUCCACUUCCGAGAGCAUGGACUACAGCACCUCCCUCUCAGCCGACCUGUCCCUGAACCGAGAAACAGGCUCUCUGUCCGUCAAGGACUCAAGGCUGCACAAUAAAACCCUCAAGAGGACACGCAAGUUUGUGGUGGAUGGCGUAGAGGUGAGCAUCACCACCUCCAAGAUCAUCAGCGAGGAUGAGAAGAAGGAUGAGGAGAUGCGAUUUCUCAGGCGCCAGGAGCUCCGAGAGCUUCGGCUGCUCCAGAAAGAAGAACAUCGGAAUCAGACCCAGCUGAGCAGCAAGCAUGAGCUGCAGCUGGAGCAGAUGCAUAAGCGUUUUGAGCAAGAAAUCAACGCCAAGAAGAAGUUCUUUGACACAGAGCUGGAGAACCUGGAACGCCAGCAGAAGCAGCAGGUGGAGAAGAUGGAGCAAGACCAUGCCGUACGCCGCCGGGAGGAGGCCCGGCGGAUCCGCCUGGAGCAGGAUCGGGACUACGCCAAGUUCCAGGAGCAGCUCAAAGUGAUGAAGAAGGAGGUGAAGAACGAGGUGGAGAAGCUCCCCAGGCAGCAGCGGAAGGAGAGCAUGAAGCAGAAGAUGGAGGAGUAUGCACAAAAAAAGCAGCUUCUCGACCGGGACUUCCUGGCCAAGCAGAAGGAGGACCUGGAGUUGGCCAUGAAGAAGAUCACCACGGACAACAGGCGGGAGAUCUGCGACAAGGAGCGCGAGUGUCUUACUCGGAAGCAGGAGCUCCUCCGAGACCGGGAGGCCGCCCUGUGGGAAAUGGAGGAGCAUCACCUGCAGGAGAGGCACCAGCUGGUGAAGCAGCAGCUCAAAGACCAGUACUUCCUCCAGCGGCACGAGCUGGUGCGCAAGCACGAGAAGGAGCGGGAGCAGAUGCAGCGCUACAACCAGCGCAUGCUGGAGCAGCUGAAGGUGCGGCAGCAACAGGAGAAGGCGCGGCUGCCCAAGAUCCAGAGGAGCGAGGGCAAGACGCGCAUGGCCAUGUACAAGAAGAGCCUCCACAUCAACGGUGCGGGUAGCGCCUCCGAGCAGCGCGAGAAGAUCAAGCAGUUCUCCCAGCAAGAGGAGAAGAGGCAGAAGUCGGAGCGGCUACAGCAGCAGCAAAAACACGAGAACCAGAUGCGGGACAUGGCGGCACAGUGUGAGAGCAACAUGAGCGAGCUGCAGCAGCUGCAGAAUGAAAAGUGUCACCUCCUGGUAGAACAUGAAACCCAGAAGCUGAAGGCCCUAGAUGAGAGCCAUAAUCAGAACCUGAAGGAAUGGCGGGACAAGCUGCGGCCACGCAAAAAGGCUCUGGAAGAAGAUCUGAACCAGAAGAAGCGAGAGCAGGAGAUGUUCUUCAAAAUGAACGAGGAGACAGAAUGCCUGAACCCUACCACCCCAAACAAGGCCACCAAGUUCUUCCCCUAUAGCUCUGGGGAUGCUUCUUAACAGCCACCUGGGGCUGUGGCUGGCAGGCUGGCCUCCGAGGCCCUCCCAUUCUCUGUGAACAAGUAACUCAGGACCCCCCUGCCCUCUUGCUUCCAGGCCAACUUGAAUCUAGCCCCUUGCCUUGUGCUGCCCUAGCUGUGCCCAACAGACCCACCCCAGUGUUCCUUAAUUCUCGCUCACUCGUGGAGGGCGAGGUUUUAUUAUGUGUUGCCUGAGCCUCAUGUAUGUUCCCUGCGAGCCCCACAUCCCUUCAAGGUGUCAGUGAUUUGGGCUGCUAGUGGGGCCACGGUCCAGGAGGAGCGGCGUUCUGCAGCCUUGAGACCCUUCCGCCUGCCAAAAUGCCAUUUUUGCUAUCUGUGGGCACGAAGCUCUCCUGCUAGUCACCAGGAGUUUGUCCAUAUCAUGAUUCUUGGUGUAGUGUCAGAUAAGAAUGACUCCUAACGCCAUUUUAGUUCUUAGCAAAGCCCAUCCUGCAGCCAGCUGCUGGGGGGGCGGGGGGGGAGGGGCUCAUUCUUCCAGUAGCCCCCAGUUUGCUUUCCUCUUGAGACAAGGCUGUGUCUACAGUAGUGGGAUGGAGGAGAGCCUGAAUCAUUCAUUCCGCUGGCCUCGGGGGUUUCCUGCCAUCUCGUGGCCCUUUGUGUGCAAGCGCACACACAUACACACACAGGGCUUGGCCCUCUGGCAUUUACCCAGGCUUGCCUCUGCCCUGGGCCUCUUGUGCCAGGUGGGUUGAAACAUAUUCACUGCCUGAGCCUGUGCCACUGAGCAUGUUUAGGUGAAGCCACUGGUUUGAAGUGUGCUAGGUACAGGCGCAGGAUGGGAUAGGCUGAACUGCUGGCCUGGGGUUCCCUUUGGCCCCGGCGCUGGGCCCUAUGUUCAGGGAUAAAUUCCUUAGCACGCAAGACUUUUCACAACCCAGGCUGUCCCCGUCUCACCCCUGCCCUUCCUGUCUGCAGGUGAUACGGGAAGGCUGUUUCCCUCUGCCCUUCCUGGCAGGAGUCUGGCCCCACACUUGAGGCAGAGGCUGGCAGUCGCUGGGAUUUGUGUUCAGGAAGAAACAGCAUCAGGGAGAAAUGUAAUGCUUCCUGCCCCCAGCAACAGAGCAGAUGCAAAGCUGCUUUUUCUCAGAUGGAAUCUGGGGCCUUUGGGUUAUUCAGCUGGCCUCCCACAGAUUCUGGUCCCACAGGCUGCAGGAUGUAGAUAACCCAGUAAGAGUAAUGCUCCAGCAGGCAUCCAGUAUACCUACAAAGAAAGCUUUUUUCACUUUGAUUUCUAACUUGGAAUGAAUGGCUUCUAUAGGAAGAUAACCUGCUUUAAAUAAAACAAAACAAAACUGAAGGUGAAUUUUGAGGAAUCCUAUGGAUGACGUACUGUCUGGGUACUGCUUUGUCGUGGUGGAGUGGCUGACCUCCCCAGAGGACUUCUUCCUCCUUCACUCCUACAUGCUAAGGUUUGACACUUUGUCCUAAAGCAUUUCUCUGCACGUUUUCUUGGCACUGUUUGGAAGUGGAUCUUGGGGAGCGAGGGCAGCCAUU